AACACAAUAAACGAUCAAACAAUAUAAUAUUAAAAAAAAAACUGUAACAAGUAUAGUUAAAGAAAAAUGCCGAUAUACAAAAUGGCAGUGGGAAAUCCAGGAGAGGCUAGCCACCCAGAUGCAAUUAGAGCAGCCCUUGCUGAAUUCUUCUCUAUGGUUAUUUUCGUCUUUGCCGGACAAGGUUCCGGCAUGGCCUUCAGUAAACUGAACGACAACGGUACAACACCAUCAUCAGGAGUAAUAGCAGCAUCAUUGGCACAUGCAUUUGGACUAAUAGUAGCAGUAUCAGUUGGUGCUAACAUUUCAGGUGGUCAUGUUAACCCUGCUGUCACUUUUGGUGCCUUCAUUGGUGGUCACAUUACUUUGUUACGCGCCAUUUUAUAUUGGAUCGGUCAAUUGCUUGGUUCCGUUGUUGCUUGCUUCCUUCUCCAGUUUGCCACCGGCGGCAUGGGAGUAUCAGCAUUUGCACUAUCACCAGGGGUGACUUCAUGGAAUGCACUAGUUUUCGAGAUUGUGAUGACAUUUGGGCUAGUCUACACAGUCUAUGCCACCGCCGUUGACCCCAAGAAGGGCAAUUUGGGCAUAAUCGCCCCGAUUGCAAUUGGGCUUAUUGUUGGGGCCAACAUCUUGGCUGGUGGACCCUUCGACGGUGCUUCAAUGAACCCAGCAGUGACAUUUGGGCCUGCUGUCGUUAGCUGGACCUGGACUAACCACUGGGUCUACUGGCUCGGCCCAUUCGCUGGGGCAGCCAUUGCUGCUAUUGUUUAUGACCACAUUUUCAUUUCCGAUGAGGACUAUUCACACCAGCCACUCCCUACUACAGAUUAUUGAGUGAAAUUUUAUUUUUAUUUGGUGAAAUAAAGUUAGCUUUACGUAGGUGUAAAAUCCUCUAUACACCCGAGCUAAACUUUCAAGGAAAAAUUAAUUCUCCGUUUUUUUUUUGGUUUUGUAUGUAAUUUUUGGAAAUUUUUGGGUUGACCAAGUGGGUGGACUUCAUUGAUGUCAACUACUGCUUGUAUUAAUAAAAUUAUUUCCAUGAUAAUGGUGAUUUUAAUAGUAUUAGACCCUGCUAUUUUAGCUUUUUAGGGGUCGAUCAA